UCUUCCUCCAUAAACCCUUGAAACCCUAAUUUUGCAAACAUUCAAACCUAACCACCGUCUCCGGCGAUUCGCCGGAAAAUCAACCACACCGUCAUUCCCCCUCCUCCGUCAUGGAAACCGACGGAUUUCUAUACGAAACCCUAUCUCCUCUCUCAACCGCCGUAACCGUCGCUUCUCCACCAACCACACCGCCACCGGAAACCACCGUCGGUGACUCCGAAGAUUACCUCGUGCUGCGUAAUCAUAUUCCUAUAUCUACAAUUUCGACGCCGUUGCCGGAAACUUCCGCUCCGGAUUUCUUCUCUUUAGAUCCGGUUAACGAUGACGACGGUUGGAGAACUCCGACGCCGCCGCUGAAACGGUCGAGAUUAGCUACUCCGUUGCCUGAUGAUGAACCGAAGAGGAGUUUGGAAGCUGGCUGGUUUCGUGCUAAUUGUCGGUUUAAAAGCCCUAUGCUUCAGCUUCAUAAAGAAAUAUUGGAUUUCUGUGAUUUUCUAUCUCCAACGGCUGAAGAGCAAGUGUCACGUAACGCAGCGGUUGAAAGUGUUUCGGAUGUUAUAAAGUAUAUAUGGCAUGACUGCAAGAUAGAAGUUUUUGGUUCGUUUAAGACAGGUUUGUUUUUGCCAAGCAGCGAUGUUGAUAUGGUGAUAUUAGAAUCGCGUAUGAAAACUCCUCAGAUGGGCUUAUAUGCUCUCUCUAAGGCUUUGUCGCAGAGAGGUGUUGCAAAAAAGAUUCAGGUGAUUGCCAAGGCUCGUGUACCAAUUAUUAAAUUUGUGGAGAAACGAAGUGGUAUUUCAUUUGAUGUAAGUUUCGAUAUGGAAAAUGGGCCAAAAGCUGCUGAGUAUAUACAGGAUGCUAUAUCUAAGUGGCCUCCUCUAAGGCCGUUGUGUCUAAUAUUGAAAGUUUUUCUGCAACAACGAGAGUUAAACGAGGUGUAUUCUGGUGGGAUUGGGUCGUAUGCACUCCUGGCUAUGUUAAUAGCAAUGUUGCGGAAUUCAAUGGGUACCCGUGCUUCUCCAGAACAUAAUCUUGGAGUUCUCUUGGUAACCUUCUUUGAUAUGUACGGGCGUAAGCUGAAUACUUCUGACGUUGGUGUAGCUUGCGAUGGAGGCACAUUUUUCUCCAAGAAGAGUAAAGGGUUUUUAAAUCCAAGCAGGAAGUCACUGAUUUCUAUCCAGGAUCCACAGGACCCGGAGAACGAUAUAGGGAAAAAUUCUUUCAACUAUUUCCAGAUUAAAUCCGCAUUUGGAAUGGCAUGCUCGACUCUCACGGACAACAAACUUAUCAUGAGCCUGGGCCCCAACCGUAGCAUCCUCGGAGCAGGUGAGCCGUUGCAAAAUAAUUUCGGUGAACACGAGGGGCUUUUUUGUAAUUGGAAUGUAGACGAUGAAGAAGAACCGCUGCCACGAGGAAAGGAUGUUGUUAGUGAUGAUGGUGUCGGUAAGGAGUCCCGGAAAAAGUCAAAGAAGGUGGUCAAGAAGAGGGCGGUCAAAGUUAAAAAGGCAGUCACUAUUAAGAAAAGAAAGAGAACGUCAACGGAUUCCCAGAGUUGAACAUAUACAAGCAUGUGGAGGGAGUAUCCAAGAAAAUCUUGGUCAGUUUUGUUGAUGAUUGUUGUAGACUAUUUAUCCUUGAGGAGAAUAGAUGUAACGAUAGUUUUGAUGUUUUUAUUACAUUAGAUUUGAGGUUCUUCUUUACUUGUACCUUAAAUUAUAGGGUUAUUGGACUUUAUCACCUCUAAAUAUUGGCUAUCGGUCGCUGUCACCCUCAACUAUCACUUUGAUGUCUGCCAUCCCGAACUUAACACUUUGUGUGUUCUGUCACCAUGCCGUUAACUGAUCACUAACUUUUGAUCUUGUUACUAUACUUUUGGAGGUGUCCUAAGAUCUCUAAAACAUUCCUAAGAUCCCUAUGACACCAACAAAAGUAUAGUAACAUGAAUAAAAGUUAGUGAUCAGUUAACGAGUUGGUGACAGAACACAUUAAGUGUUAAGUUGGGGGUGACAGGUGUCAAAGUGAUAGUUGGGGUUGAUAAAAUCCAAUAAUCCUAAAUUAUAGCAAGUGGUCGACAAAUAUUGAAUUUUGAU